AUGUGCAACUAUGAGGAAUUCUACUUCUCAUGCGGCCACUCGGUCGUGAAGAUGAAGUCUUAUUGUCACUUUGCCCACAAUGACCCUAAUCAUCAAUGCUUUAGCGUCAAAGUUCUGAAGGCCGUCUGGUCGCAAGGUGCCCUAUGUGCUGAAUGCUACGAAAGCACAUCGUCUGCAUCAACCCUGAGGGCACAUUGA